AUGGAGAUGGAGAACCAGAUAAGUCUUCCUCAUCUUCUGGAAGCCGUUGGAGAAGCCUUAGAGCAAGGACAGAACACACUUGCCCAAGUGAUUCUGAGAUGCAUCAACCACAAAGCAAGCCCUCUUGGCGAUCCUCUUGAACGUCUCUCAUUCAAAUUGUCCCAAAAUCAUGAUACUUCAGAACAAGGGGCUUUCAUCAAACAGGAAGCGUGCAAGAGCUUCCACAACGCUAUCAUGGCUAUCUACCAAGGCAUCCCACAUGGCAGAAUUGCUCAUUUUGCAGCCAAUUCAGCAAUUCUAGGAUCUAUUACAGAGGAUUCGGAACUCAUAGACAUAGUAGACUUUGAUAUGGGAGAAGGGGUUCAAUGGCCUCCAUUGAUGGAGAUUAUUGCUCGUCAACAUAAAACAUUGAAAUUAACGUCAAUCAGAUGGGAAGAAGAGGACAGCCUAGAUGCCCAUUUUGUUUCGACCCAGUGGAAAUUUGAAGAAAUCAGAAGGAACCUCUACCAGCAUGCCAAAUCAUGUGGGUUGAAGUUGAAGGUGGAGGAACAGAGUAUUGAGGAAUUGGUGACGGAGCUCAAGAUAUUGAACAAAAAGGGUGGAAAUGGAAAUGGAAAGAGAAAUUUCUUGGCCUUCAAUUGCAUGGUGGGUCUUCAACAUAUGGGUAGGACCAGAAGUAGAAGACACGUCUUAGAAUUUCUGAGGGUGGCAAAGGAGUUCAUCGAAAAAAGCUCAUCUUUCAACAAGGGAAUCAUUGCUUUUGGUGAUGGAGAAGCCUGUGAAAAACUCAGAAGCUGCAAGAACUUCAGAUCAUUCUUUAAUGGGAGUUUAAUGCACUACCAUGCUUUGUUAGAAUCAAUAGAAUCAGGUUUGCCAAGUGAAUUCUCAGAGGCAAGAACAGCAAUGGAGAGUCUGCCCGUGGCACCAUAUGUGUCCUGUGAGGGAUGGUUUCAGAGAUGGAAGGAGAUGAGAGAAGAUUGGAUUAAGCUUCAAUGA